AUAUACGCCUAAGCUAGCUAAUGAUUCAAAAGCGACGUCAAACCGAAAUAUAUCAACGCCCACCCCGCCCCCUGUGAUUACCCGCGUCCACGUGACGCCGACCCGAACAAACGGCAUUUUAAAUUCUAACAUUUAAAAUUUUGGCAGCGAGUUUCUUUCAAUUCCGUCUACUAUGAACUAAUUAAAGGAACUGCAUUAAUCUGUGUUUAGCUGCCAGAAGACUGAUGGAAAGAAGGCAGUUACUACUAGUAGAGUCCUAGAUAGAUGCGGUUAACUGGGUCGCCACGCCAAUUGCCAUCAUGCCAUGCCAGCGGGCGGAGGCGGCGCCGAAAAAUUCGUGCAAAAUGUGCGUGGCUGACCGUCCAAGCCAAGCGGAGGAAACAACGCGCGCCGCCGCGUCAAAACGCAACGGCAGCGCCCCGCCCUUCCGCCCCGAUGCGAUACCCCGUUCCCUCAUGUGCUUUUGUCUUUGCCGUCCCCGUUCCCGUUCCCCCAUAAACUCCACACCCCCCGCAUUACUGCGCUCCCAUCUCCGCAUCCGCUUGCUGCUGCCGCCCCUGCUCCGGCUGGGACGAGCGAGCCUCCUCUCCCUCCUUGUCGCGUCCCACAUAACUGUGCCUCCUCGCCGCUGCGCCCCACCUCUGCUCAGGCCCACACUGCCCUGAUCCCGCCGGAGUGCCCGCACGCGCGCCCUUGCCUGGGCCGGCCGCCGGCGAGGGGUCUGGGCGGUCGGUCGACGUGACCCCCCCCGCAGGCGCGCUGUCUCUUCGUCGCCCUGCUCUUUUCGACCGGCCUCGCCUCGCUGUCCGCGAGUGGCGCCGUGUCGGCGGCACACGCCGGCGGCGGUGCGGGAACAAGGCGAGGGCGGCGCGCCUUGUCGCCGUGCGGACUGAGCAUGACUUGAGCCUUGAGGUGCGUGCGAUUUCUGGCUAACCUGCUGGAAAUAGCAUGGGCGGUAGAGGGAUUGGGAACGGGGGCAAAUUCAGGAGAUGAUACCACCAUAAUCCACCAACCGAAUCAAGAAGCUAAGGUCCGGUUCUGGCUUUGUGAAACUGUCAUGUGUCAAAUCUGGCUCAGUAACUGUUCACUCGUCGCCCUCUUCAUCGCCGGUGUACGCCGGCGCCGAAUCGGCGUCCAGUAUCCGUGCCACCGAAGCACGCCAACCACCUCGAGCACUCUACCCUCGCUGUGGUUGCUGAUGCUACCGGCGCCUCCCCUCCCUUAUCUGAUUUAGGAUGUGUACAGAGGGGCUGUAUUCUUGUGUAUAGGUUCUCUUUCUAUCGGUCAACUGUUGCUGAUUCGGACGGAAUGUUGGAGGAUCAAUCUUGCCUGAUAUCAAGGUCGCUGCCGGGUUCCUGUGAGCAGGAAUCCAGACUAGCUUACAUGACUUACCACCUACUUGAGAUCACGAGGAGUAAGCGCCCGCCUGGGACCCUGUCGAUUGAGCACGACGUCGUGGCAGCAUUGACUAAAAGGACAAAGUCCUCUGAGCACCAAAACAGCGAGGCGCUGGAUUGUCAAGGAAGUAAUGGUCAGGGCGACUCAGAUUCAAGCACCCUGAUAAGUUCCAUUGGCCGGGACAACUCGAUCAACUGUCUUGCUCGUUGUUCUCGUUCUGACUAUGGUUCUAUCGCAUCACUGAACCGGAGCUUCCGAUCGCUUGUGCGCAGUGGCGAACUGUACAAGGAGCGUCGGCAGCAGGGGAUUUCAGAACACUGGGUCUACUUCUCUUGCAACGUGCAGGAGUGGGAGGCGUAUGACCCCUACCGUUCACGGUGGAUGACGCUCCCAAGGAUGCCCCGCAACGAAUGUUUCAUGCACUCUGACAAGGAGUCGCUUGCCGUGGGCACCGAGCUUCUGGUGUUUGGAAAGGAGAUCCUCUCGCAUAUUAUCCUGAGCUAUAGCAUCCUGACACAUUCAUGGUCGCGGGGCGUUGAAAUGAACGCCCCUAGAUGUUUGUUUGGAUCAGCUAGUUUUGGAGAGAAAGCAAUUAUAGCCGGAGGCAUGGAUGCUGAUGGAAGGGUGCUUCGCUCCGUCGAGCUGUAUAACUCGGAAACCAAGAGGUGGACAACACUUCCAAGCAUGAAUAAGGCUAGGCGGAAGUGCUCUGGUGUCUUCAUGGAUGGCAAGUUCUAUGUGAUCGGUGGAAUGGCCAGUAACACAGAAGUGCUUACUUGUGGAGAAGAGUACGACCUAGAUAGAGGUACCUGGCGGGUGAUAGAGAACAUGUCCGAGGGGCUCAAUGGUGCAAGCGGCGCUCCUCCACUCGUCGCCGUUGUCGAAAACGAGCUAUAUGCAGCGCAGUACGCCGGAAAGCUAGUGAGGAAGUACAAUAAAAGGGACAACUCGUGGACGACGCUGGGGGAGUUACCGGAGCGGCCAGAAGCCGUGGAUGGCUGGGGCAUUGCGUUCCGGGGCUGCGGAGAGCGGCUGUUGGUCAUCGGUGGACCGAGAGUGCUGGGCGGCGGGAUGAUCGAGCUCCAUUCCUGGAUUCCAAGCGAGGGGCCACUGCAGUGGAACAUGAUCGGAAGCAAGCCCUCGGGUAACUUUGUCUAUAACUGUGCUGUCAUGGGGUGCUGAUACGUGCGCCCCUCAAAACAUACCGUCGACGACACACGAAAGAUUGUGAUAUUGGGUUUUUUUUUAUUAUCAAAUGGCAUAAAGCACUGAUUAAUUCCGCCUGACGGGUAAUCUCUGCAUUCUUUUUUUUGACAUUUCAGAUUUUACUCAAGGUUCGUCCAAUAGAGCUAGUCGGUUCCGUGUACUCGUUAAUAGCUAGCUACCCAUUGGUUCCUGUGCUCAGCACAUUCUAUUUGCAGUCCAUCUGUACCUUUGGUCCAUAUGAUAUACUCUGUUGAAAUGAGUUUUUUUCUGAGAUGGACGCGUACAGGUGAUAAAUUGUAAUUGGGGGGUGGGUAACCGUGCAUCUAUAUGAUUUGUUUGUAUCAUGUUCUGAA